CCACAAGAGGCAGCAAUUCAGCUGCUUUCAUAGACCAAGAUGUUACUGGCUGACUGAUGUCCUGGAGAGAUGUACCACAGUGAGGGGCACUAGCAAGGUGAAGACUUCCAAUUCCCAGAGGCUUUUGAUUGACCACCCAGUGCUAUCCAAGCUUGAUUAGAACAUUGAUGUUUUAAAGAUACCUAGCAAAGUGUGUGAAAAGUGUGGUCAGGCUGGACCUCUCCUGGGAUCCGUGAUGGAGAAUAACUCCAAUAUGGUCACUGAGGAUGAUAAUCCUCUUCCACCUUGUACAGAGAACUUGUGCUCCUUUUUCUCCAUUCAAAUACUCAUCCCUAUGACUGUGAUCAGCCUAGUGAUCAUGGUGGCCGGGAUCAUAGGAAACACAAUCACCAUCCUUAUCAUCAGGACAUACAAAGAGAUGAAGACCACCACAAACUUCUACCUGUCCAGUAUGGCCGUAUCCGACAUCAUCAUCCUCCUCUGCUUGCCCUUCGACUUGUACCGCUUGUGGAUGUCCAACUCUUGGAUCUUUGGUGGGUUCCUCUGUAAGUUCCUCUGCCUGAUCAGCGAAGGUUGCACCUACUCCACCAUCCUGCACAUCACAGCCCUGAGCAUUGAGAGGUACUUGGCCAUCUGCUUCCCUCUGAGAGCCAAAGUCUUUAUUACCAAGAGGAGGGUGAAGAUGGUCAUUGUCCUUCUGUGGGUUGUCGCCCUGCUGUCAGCUGCUCCCCUUUAUAACUUGCUGGAGAAUGUGAAGAUGAACUACACUGACACCUGGGAGUGCACCUACACCAGGUACGCCAUUGAGUCCGGGCUCCUCAACAUCAUGAUGUGGGUGACCACUGUCUACUUCUUCUGCCCUAUGCUCUGCCUGGUUGUCCUCUAUGGCUUUAUUGGCAAAAAGCUGUGGAAAAGCAAAAAUACGCUGCGGGGUCCUAACGCUGAGAACAGAGAGAAAUGUCACCGUCAGACAGUCAAGAUUCUGGUGGUUGUCGUCCUGUCUUUCAUCAUCUGCUGGCUGCCAUUUCAUAUUGGAAGAAUCAUUUACACGAACACCAAAGACUACCAGAUGAUGAAACUAUCGCAGUAUUUCAACCUGGUCGCCAUGCAGCUAUUUUACCUCAGCGCCUCCAUCAACCCGAUUCUGUACAACCUCAUCUCUAAGAAAUACAGGACUGGGGCCUACAAGCUCCUCCGGCUGGGCAGGCUGGAUGAAAGGGCCUAUAAUGUCAUUAAGGAUGAGACUGGAGGGCACACGGAGAUCAGUACAUGUAUCCAGAAGGAUUAUAUCACACACAUCUGAUGCUGCAGAAUCAGGAAGGGAGCUGGUAAUGAUGUGAUCCUCAUUCAGGAAUUAAUCAGCUACCAAACAUGAAGAGGAAAAUCCUGUGUGUUGUGUUGGGGAAAUCUCCUGCUCUAUCGCACAGUGACAAUGUGCUGCUUGUAUAAAGCACAAACAUUAUAUUAUAUGUAUAUUCAUUAUAGUACACUACCACAUUCCAUAAUGGAACGUUCAACUUAU